AUGCACGCGCACUCGACUCAGGAAGAACUGGACCGAAACGCACCUCUAUUCGCAAUGUUUGCCACUCUGGGACUAGUAUGGUACUGCCUGCACACGGUAUUCAACACUGGCAAUGUCUUCACUCCCUUAGUAGCUGUCUGGGCUCUCACAGCCAUCCAGCACAAACACGCCCAGGGUGUACCUGGAGAAUACGUGCUUGCUCAGUAUAUCCAGGCACUCAACGCUAUCUGUGUGCUUGUAUGCGUGUAUGCGGCUGUUAAGACGGCUGUGAUGAAGACUGAGUGGGCUGGCCGAACUACCUGGGCCGCGGCUAAAGUGGAUAAUGAUGGUUACGAGACUGUCGAUUGA